AUGACAGAGAAGUACGGAAAUAGCGGAAUCCCUUUUCCCCUUUUUGCGCAAUUCUCUCUCACUCCGUCCAUUCACGACUUUCUGUUAUUGACCCCGUCAACUCUAGUAGGGACACAUUCAUCGGCCGGAGGUACAUUAUUAUCUGACGUUAACGUAACGUAUCAAGAUCACACAUGACUGCGUGUUGAAUCAACGCAAAAAGAAGCAGUAAAUUCCCAGAAAGUCAACUUUAAAUCCACGUCAUUGUGAGGGGUUUAUUGCUUUGUUUUCCUGCUUUUGGACUUUUGGUCGUAGCGACCGCAGCGAUGGACAUUUGUGUGGUUUUGGGCUCGGUUGGUGCUGCUGCUCUUGGGGGUCUGGUCCUUGCAGCAUCUAAACUUGGUUUACUUUAUCAGCUGUUUCAUAAGACAGAAAGUAAGAGUCCCCGGCAUGGAGGAGAGAGCGUGGCGGAGGUCCUGCGGGCUCACGGGGUCAAAUUCGUCUUUACGUUGGUGGGAGGACACAUCUCAUCCAUCCUGGUGGCCUGUGAGAAACUGGGCAUCCACAUCGUCGUCACACGGCACGAGACCACAGCUGUGUUUGCAGCCGACGCCAUGGCGAGACUUUCUGGCACAGUUGGUGUGGCUGCAGUCACGGCAGGACCCGGACUGACCAACACUGUCACUGCGGUGAAGAACGCUCAGAUGGCCGAAUCUCACAUAGCUAUGGAACCUUGCUUCAGGAGACGGGCUGAUGGCAGCUUGAAUCUGACAGAUUCAGUGGAAGCGACAAAGGUGAAGGAAGCCGACAAAGGAAAGCCGUACACAAGACCCCUUUCCCCGGAGGCAGUGCUGGACAAGGCCAAGAAAAGCUCAAGUCAUCACCACAGAGAUCUAACUAUCAGAAAGCACCUGCUGGGUUUCUUUGAAAUUCAGUUUGGUAUAUUUCAUGGUCAAACAUUCAGGUGGGUGGCUGAAAAUGCCCUGGGGUAUGCUGCUUACCUGAUGGCAGCUGAAGAGCAUCAUCUCCAACCCCUCCAGCAACCAGCUCCACGUCAUCACUGUCUGUGGUCCCUCCAUCACCACUGACAUCUCCUGUCACCAGCUCCACGUCAUCACUGUCUGUGGUCCCUCCAUCACCACUGACAUCUCCUGUCACCAGCUCCACGUCUUCACUGUCUGUGGUCCCUCCAUCACAAGUGACAUCUCCUGUUUCUAGCUUACUGCACACUCAAUAUCAAAAGCCAGCACUCUAUCUUGGUGCACAUAGCUGUGUGUUUUACCAAAGCAUUCAUAGAGGUUUCUGUAUUUGUUGUCACACUAACUCUAAAUGUAUAUUUGUCAUAUUGAAAGACAAAUACAAAUUUAAACUAAAUAUUUACAUUGUCCCAUGUAGUCCCAGUGGACCAAUUAUCCGCAGAAACCGAUCUUCCAACAUCUGAAGAGAACCCUUCACGUGAUGAUUCUGUUGGACCUGAAAAUAUUGAGGGGUAUGGAGCCGUGCAGGACCUGGCAGAGUUUUUGGUUAGCCUUAGAGAACACCGUCUGGCCUUGACUGGAGAGGAGUGCAUCAAGAUCAUCACCCUAUGGCAGGCAUUAGGGGAGUCUGAUAAGAGGAAGACCAUUUACUCACCAAACCACCCUAAAACAGGGACGAUUCAGGGCCACGAAGAAGAUUGUGGCACCAGGUGUGGAGAGCACCAAAAGGUGUUUCGUUGGGGCUCAUAGUCCUGCACGAUGGCCUGACUGCAACCGAGUGGUGGAGGCCAUCUUCACAAGGCUCUGUGCUCUCUACUCAAACGCGGUGCG